AUGAACGGGUUCAAGGGCGGGAAUCGGUUCGUAGGCGGCGCGCAGUUCAAGGGCUCAAAUUCAAGCCGAAAUGGUCAGCACGGCGGUGGCGGCGGGGGGGCGGGGGGGAAAUCCUGUGGCGGGUGUCUGCAGGUGCGAGAGGCGCUGCGUCGGUCCCGCGUUGAGUGCCGGGACCUGAGGGGGUCGCUCUUCCGGGCAGAGCACGUGAUCAAGCAGCUGACUUUGACCAAGGCCACCCGACGGCGAGGGCCGAACCAAAGUGGUAACUACACGGCUCAGCUCGGCCUUCAACUAUCUUUGUCGUCACCAUCAUUAGCAGGAGGAGCAACAGCAGCAGCAAUAACAACAACAUCUGGCGAGCAGGAACGGAGGUUGGUUCCCCAAAUGCUGACCACCAGUGCCGGUUGUGGUGGCGAACGAGGGGGGAGCAGUUCAAGCAGCCGGAACGAUGGGCAUGCCGGCGAAGCGCCGUCUCGCGAAAAUCUCUUGUCCAGGGUGCGGGAACUGGAGCGAGAGCUUCGCCUUGCCGAUUUUCGGGACGCGAGGAGCUUGGGGGCGGCUGUAGGAGCAGAGCAUAGUCGCGCACGGAAGAACAGCAUGGACGAUGAGGUGAACCUCAACAAAAGCGACAGUGACCACGAUGCUAAUUUUUCGCCAUCGAAAUCACCCUCGUCGGCAUCGUUGAGGAGGGCGCUGGGGAAAACGAGCGGCACUGGCAGCAGCAGUAGUAGCGGGGUGUGGGAUUGGGAGGGUCCGCCUCCGUGCCGAAAGUGCUCCGUGUUGAACGAUCGGCUGCUGGGCGAGGCGACCAAGGUUAACGGGCUGAUGAGGCGGAUUCAAGAGCACCAAGAAGAGCUCAAACGCCUCCAGGGGGAAAUUGUUAGGACCAGCGGCGCACACGCAAAGGCGAUCGAGAUGCAGGAGAAAGUGGACGCGCUCACGAGUCAAGCGGAAGGGCAGACGAGGGCGAAGGAGAAGGCCGGGGCCGAGAUGGAGCGGCUGGUCGCCGACCUGGACCGCACGAGAACCCAAGCCACUGAACACGAGGGACAGGCUCGGAGAGCGUUGGAGCAGCAACAGGCGUUGCAGGAUGAACUGUUCUCCAAGGAAAGCCUCCUGGGACAGGCGGCGAAAGAGCUCGAAACCGCUCGGGCCGCCCUCGAGUCCGAGAGGGCCUCGCGAGAGCAGACGGAUCGCACAGUGGUAGCCCUGCGGAGGAAGGUGGCGGGGGAGAGGGCCGGCGCCGGCAAGACCAAGGGGGAAUUGGCGGCAGCAAAGGCGGCGCGGAGGCACUCGGAAUCGCAGGCGGCUGCCGCGGACGCGACUCACCGAAAGGCCUUGAAAGCCGCCCUCAACAACUGCGUUCGCCUGUGCGUGGUAGCGCCUACCGUCAACAUCAACCUGGACGACCGCAGCCGCUCCUUCUGCUCCGGCCUCCCGGAGGAAAGGAUCCGCGCGUUCGUGGAGGAGUCGGUGCUGCCGCGCUUCACCCGCGUCCUCCUGCAACCGGGGUCCGAAGGAGGCUCGGCGCCACCGGCGCUGCCGUCGCCGUCGGCAAGCAACAGCAGCAGUGGCCGCGGCGGUGGCGUCAGGGUUCCCACCAAGGGUGCUAGGAUUCCUCCGACCGCAUCCGUGUCCCUGUCCUCGCCCUUGAAUCGCACCAGCACUAGAAGCGGCAGCGACAAGAAGAAACUUGGGGCGGCAUCAUCUCCGGUUGUGAUGCCCACGGCGGCGGCGGCGGCGGUCGAUGACCCAGCCGUCGACCACCAAGAAAGCUUGGCACAGAGCGAGGAUGAAGACAAGCGCGACGUUGGGGGCGGGGGUAGCGGCCGGGGUGCUGGCCAGGGACAGGGUGACUUCGACAAGUGGCUGAGAGACCUACUCGUUGAUAUGCAGACGUCGAUAGAGAGGCACGUGGCGAGUGUUUUCCAGACCCAGACGGCGGCGACCGCUGCCGCCGUAGGUGGUACCGCGAGCGGGGGCACCUCGAGCUUGAGGCGGUAA